UUCCGCACUUCUCCUCUCGCAGGGCCUCAUUGCUGCGCUUGCCUCCUGAGGGUUUUUCUUCAACAACCGUCCCAGAAACAAUGGCCAGUCUCGUCCCAAGAUGCCAAACAACAUGAAAGGCCCAAGGCUCGGGCCGGGCCCAUUUCCUGUCCGGGAGUGGUUGACGGCCUAUUCCCACGGAGAUGUUAAUCGGCACGACUUGCUGAACCAGUGGCGCCAAGGUGAUGACGGCUGGGUCAAACCCGCUCCCAAGGCGGGUCCGUACUUGACACAUGUCAGAUCCCUCACAUCUCAAUGGCCUCAUCUCGAAUUGCUCUGUGACUUCAUGGACGUUGGCACGCAUCCUAUCAGAUGGAACCCGCAAGCCCCGGGCGCAUACCCGGCUGAUCCUACAGAGAGAAGCAAACGCAAACUAGAGCGAAUGGCAAAAACCAAUGUUUGCCUUCUUGAGUACCCAAGAGACGGACCUGGUGUCGAGGAAAAGCGAUUCGAUGAUAUCGACGAACUGAAAGACUGUCUUGCCGAGAUGGGUGAGAACGACCAUGUGAAAACGAGGCUGUUUGUGGUAGAGGACCUAUCGCGCGACGUUAUCGAGGCUCUCGGCUUCCACUUUAAGGUGGAUCCUUCCUUUUUCCGAGAACAUAUUGUCGACUACGCUUGGUAUAAUACUAGCGACUGGUGGCGUGACCCACCAAAUCUGGACAUCGUCAGCCGAACACAAAACUGGUUCCAGCUGCGUUUUGUGAGGGCGAGAAAUUUUCUGAACAGCGAUCUCUUUUUCCAGGGCGUAGAGGACUCCAAGAAGUUCAAUGUCUUCCGCCGAUUGGAUCGUGAUUUCAACAGCAACAAUUUCUGGGACAAACAUAACAAGGCAGAGGCCAUGGUAGGCCUCACUCGGAGCAGGGCGACAUGUUGGAUCCAACCACCUGAGGAGAAGAACGGGGGAAAAGGCAUCACAUAUGCUAUCCUCUUACUGGAUCCAACCUUGACAACCGGAAACCCAUUGUGGCUUAAGUAUCGAAAUUGGGCCAAAAUCCCAGCCGUGGGGGAAUCUACUCCCAAAGGCACCGAGCCACCACCCAGUAACAACUUCUUCGAAGAUUAUAUAUACUGGGCCAAGAGGCCCGAAAGCUUCAACUACCCCGAAUCAGGCAACUCCUCGUCUCCGAUAUGCGUCCCCACGCAGGUCCUACUGCACCUUGUCUGCACGGAGUGGCUCACCAUGGUGGACUAUAUAAAGACACGUCUAAACCAGGUUGAUUGGGGUAUCGCUUUCCCAAACGACUUCCUGGAGAAAGAGGAGCAGAUCGAUGAGCAUCUCACCAAGCUCCAUCAUUGGAGGCGCGUUGUGCCCCUCUACAGAGAGAUGAUCUCCGAGACAUUCCUGCGCGUAUUCCGGGAGACGGCGCACCCCAACCGGAUGCACCCCGGCCGGAACAUGCACGAGCCUGUUCAAAAGCCUGCCAGUGCUCUAGGGCCGCUUAUGGACACAGAAUGCAUCAACGCAUACCAGCAGGACUUUGCUCUUGUGUUGGGAUACAUGGAGGAAUUCCAGAACAGGAUUGACCGGCUGACAGAUGUAGUGAUCGCGGCGAUUAAUCUCGCAGAUUCGCGAAGGGGAUACAAGGACAACAAGAAUCUGCAAUGGCUGACUUGGCUCGCAACGUUUUUUAUUCCGCUCAGUUUUGUCGCAACGCUGCUCUCGAUGACAACGGACCCCAUUGAGGAACUUGGCCCCAUCACCCGGCUUUGGGCAAUCGUCGCGCUACCAAGUGGUCUCACAAUAAUGAUAGUGGUGGGCGUCUUCAGCAUAGCAAAGUGGAGACGGGGAAUUCGGAGGUUCUUUUUUGAGUUUCCGUGGUUCGGGAAGGCGAGACCUUUCAACCCCAAGAGGACUUGAGGGGUCAAGCUUGUCGUUUAUAAUCAAGCCUGUCUGGGAUGGAAUCAAGAAAAAGUAUGCUGGCAGAAGUCUACAUAGGUCAGGGGAUGUUCAUCUCUCUUUUCGCAUAUAUCACGACUUACGACUGCAUGAUAAACAGCGACCUUCACUGCUUUGAGGCUGUAUAGGACAAUCAACUUGGUUUCAGGACCAUGAGAGCUUUGAAAAAACAUUAUUUGAGGUUCCAA